UGAUUGGUCGCCCGCUGCUUUUGACGGAGCGAGUUUUAUCAAAAGAAUUUACGACCCUCGCAGCUAAAUUGACACUUUACUGCGGCAACGCUCGUCCGAUUAAAUCGAGAGCGUCUUGAUUGAGUAGAGCGGCGUUUGGGGUCCCGGUCGUGCCGAAAUUCGCGCCGCCGUUUCCGCUGUGAGCACCAUGUUAUGUCGCAGAGGGUGAGCGAAGAGCAGAAAAGGUGCAUCGUCAGUUGGUUUCGCAACUGGAACGACGAGCAGCGAGCUUCGUUCGUCGCCAAAGUCGAGCAGAGGAUCACUGGUCGCUCGAACGUGGACCAGCUGAUCGCCGGAUUGACCCUCGAGGAACCGUCGACGAUCUUCGAACACCAAGUCAAGUUGUUCCACCGGUGGGCUGCCAACUGGGACCUUGCUGACCUCCUCGACCUGCUGACCACCUUGCAAGAAUGACUACUUACACCCCUGAGGCGCAGGUACGCUUUGUGGCACAAUGGUUUCGUGAGUGGAGCGAAAUGCAGCGUGAGGAUUUCCUUCCGAUCCUGGCCCAGAGUUUCUCGGCCAACUUCUGCCCAGUCAAUGGCCUGUCGGAGCUCGGGCUGAGGCCCCCGUCACUUUUCCAGUGCAGAGUGAAGCUCUUCCGAGAGUGGUGCCUCGCCUGGAGUGAGGCUGAGCGCCAAGCCCUGCUGGACAGCCUGAAGGACGCCGACCCUGAGUUUGUGCAGCAGUUCGAGGACACGGUGAAGAGCCUCGAGGGCACCACCAAGGCCCCUGACCUGGUGGCCAACGACCCCAGAGAAGGAGAGGUCGUCUAAGCCGUAUUCGUCAAACUCGAUUGAUUCAGACUGAUGCAGCUGUAGUGCCAAUAGGAAUCUCUUUCUUUUCUUGCUCAACUCGCUUCGUUUUUGCAUCGGCUGGCUAGUCACGACUAAGAUGAAUCUCAAUUAUCGGAAGAAAGCGCCACCCGUGGCACUGGAAUUUUCAGGGACGUCAUUGGCUUCCUAUAGAUUUUGCAAAUUUACACACGGUUUUGCAUUUUUCAAACAGUAACAAAACUUGUCUUAUACACCGGAUCAAUUAUCGAGUUAUCUUCGUACAAGUAAGGAGACAUUAAUUAACACGCAUCAUAUUAUAUAUAUUAAUAUUGCUGUUGAGAACACAAUUAAAUUGUUGAAAAGUAAUGUGUCGUUCGCCCGCUUCCACUAUCACUCUUAUAUACAUGCAAUUAAAACCGCCCCUGGAAGUUCUUGCCCUACAUUUUUACAUUGUAAUGUGCCAUCAGCAAGGCCAUUUUGUGCAGCUGUUGAUUUUACAAACGUGUACAAAUUUUAUUGAGAAUUAAUUAUUCCUCAGCAAAAUGUUGAUCAUGCUAACUAUCUACGUGUCAUUGGAACUCGUUGCCCAUGGAGGCAGGAAGAGAGAACUUUUAGUUUUAAUUUAUUUAGUUUUUAAAACGGGCUGCAUUCAGUUUUGACUCUCAGAAAAAAUCUUUCUGGUAGCUUUUUAGACUUAUUUAGGUGGAUGGGUUGGUUUCUCUUUCAAACGUGAAUCUAUUUCUGUUGCCUCCAUUUGUAGACUAGUGUGCUGAAUUGAAUCAAAACCACCUGUAGGGUAGGAUCUCGAUUAUGACGCUGUUGGUGCACUUGUUAUAAUAUCAAGAAUUUCGCAAGCUAAUAUAUUCCACUCUACGAUAUAUUUUUAUUUUAAGUGUGAGUUGAAUUAGGCAUGUGACUCUACACACAGAUCUGAUUUUCAGAAUUCCAUGAUUGGCUGAUAUUUUACUUUAUUAUUAUUUGAUUGAUGUAUGUAUUCUAAUAUUCAAAUGUUUUAAUGAAAUAAAUUUUGGUUUUAGGAUGUAAUGAGAA